CAGGUGGAGGAGGGCACGGGGGAUGCACGGACAGAUGCACGGCAGCCAGAUUCCCUCCCGGAGGAGCCCCAAAGGAUGAGUAAUGCCACACAUGCUGUGCCCUCUCCCCUGGCACCUGGCACGCCGGGGCCUGGCACAGCAGCCAGGCUGGCCUCAGCCCCACCAUUCUCAGCUGUUGCCCUGCUUACGGCUGCCCACAACAACUCCCAGGAUGGCCAGCAGCUUUUCCUGACCACAACAGCAGCACAGGUCAUCUCUGGCAUCUUCGUGUGGUCAGCACUCAUCGUCACCUUCCACCAGAUCUACACACACCUGAAGAAUUACACCAUCCCCAAGGAGCAGCGCUACAUCAUCCGCAUCCUCUUCAUCGUGCCUGUCUACGCCUUUGACUCCUGGCUCAGCCUCCUGCUCCUCGGCAGCCACCAGUACUAUGUCUACUUUGACUCAGUGCGUGACUGCUACGAAGCUUUUGUGAUUUACAGCUUCCUGAGUCUGUGCUUCGAGUACCUUGGAGGGGAGAGCACCAUCAUGACAGAGAUCCGAGGAAAGCCCAUUGCAUCCAGCUGCUUUUAUGGGACCUGCUGCCUUCAGGGUAUGUCCUACUCCAUUGGGUUCUUGCGCUUCUGCAAGCAGGCCACCCUGCAGUUCUGCAUUGUGAAACCCCUCAUGGCAAUCAUCACCAUCAUCCUGCAGGCGUUCGGGAAGUACCACGAUGGAGACUUCAAUGUCCACAGUGGAUACCUCUACAUCACCAUCAUCUACAACUUCUCUGUCAGCCUGGCCCUUUAUGCCCUUUUCCUCUUCUACUUUGCCACCAUGGACCUGCUGCGCCCAUUUAAGCCAGUCCUCAAGUUCAUCACCAUCAAGGCUGUCAUCUUCCUCUCCUUCUGGCAAGGAACACUGCUGGCAAUCCUGGAGAAAUGUGGUGUGAUUCCUGAAGUUCAGAUCAUUGAUGGGAAGGAGGUGGGAGCUGGGACAGUGGCUGCUGGCUACCAGAACUUCAUCAUCUGUAUUGAAAUGUUCUUUGCCUCCAUUGCCCUGCGCUAUGCGUUCACCUGCCAGGUGUACAGGGAGAAGAAAGAAAACUCAACAGCAAACCGUGCCCCAAUGCAGAGCAUCUCGAGUGGGCUGAAGGAGACCAUCAGCCCCCAGGACAUCGUGCAGGAUGCCAUCCACAACUUCUCACCCGCGUACCAGCAGUACACCCAGCAGGCGAUGCAGGAGGCAGAGCGCAAAGCGCCGGGGGAGAACGGCCAUGUGGCCUCCAAGAUAGAUGGACAGACCAGCAGGAAGAGCAAAAACAUUGAAAAGAGAAUGCUAAUCCUGUCAGAUGAGGACCUGUAGGAGGUAUCACAAAAGACACUGACACUGAAGAGGUUUUAACCCAUGCAAAGGGGAGGUGUCUUGAGGCUGAGACAGCCUGGGCUAAUCAGAGUACUGAGAAGCCAGGAACUCUAUCCAAAAAGCCAGUCUCUCAAAGGGAAGAUGCAAUAACCCAGAAAAGGUUAAGUCAAAUAGUGCCAGCUUCUGCUGUCAUGGAUGGAGCCAUGCUGCCCUGCUGCUGCUGUCUCUCUGCCAGCCCUGUGCCAAUGCUGGGGGAUGCCAGGCAGAGAGGGGAGCCAGGGUACAGGGGAGACUGGCCACCCUCACCCUCCUCUUAUCUCCAAGCAGUACUGAGGCCUAAGAGAAAUGCUUUUCUCAGCACAGUUCUGCUCUAGUUUCUCCCAAUUUGAGUAAAAAAUGAUCUCCAAGGGCUCCGUGGAGAAAACCAGCACAGGAAGGUGACUUCGCUUCACCUCAAAACCCGGUAAAGGUUGAAAGACGUCAUUCCUUAUUUUUACAUCUUUCCCCCUCUCCUCACAGCAAAGCUUAUAGAGAUGUGCAGAAGACCUUUACCAUAAAGUCAUCCUCUUCUCCCUCCAGAUGUGGAUGCAGCUGUCCAAGUAACUCCCCCGGGAGUGUGCAGGACCUCAGUGGGACUAACCAGAGGUCCCCAGCUGCAUUUCUGAGAGCUGCUGGUGACAGAAGUGCUUGUUUAUGCCUAAACCAGCUUAUCUCUGAACGGAUCAGAAGUUAAAAGGGAUUCCAGCUUCCUUAUCAGAAUCUUUAUUAGGGAACCAGACUGUGACUGGUGGUGGUAGGAAUUCACUUACUGAGAACUGUCUGUUCCUCCAUUAUUCCCCAUUCCUGGGCUUUGCCUGACCUGUGGAAAGGCAAGCAGGAACUGAGCCCAGCUGGGUGACCAUGGCAAGGAUAGAGAGGUGCUGAGGGAUGCUGCCAUGUGGGGCAAGACCACAGACAAGGGAAGACCGUGUAUGGAGGGAUGCUCCUCAUAUCAGUGAUGGCAAGCUCACAUCCUUCUGUUAAGACUUCUUUUCCUUUCUUCCCCAAUUUUUAGUCUAAUUCCUAUUCUUCUGUUAAUGAGAUGAUCCCUGGGAAUGAACUUAGGCACGGGUUGGGCUGUUGUCUGAGAUGGUAGCUGGCUAGUGGAGGGAUGAAGACAAAUCUACAGCUUCAGAUUUGCAAUCAUGUGGCUUGGAGCCCUUUUAAAA